GAAAUCCCUUCCUUCGCCGCCAUGUUAUACAUCUGGAGUAGUUUUUUUUUUUUACUAGUUGACCAUGUUAUCAUUAUUAUCAGAACUACCAAUUCGUAACUGCGCGACGACAUAAAGACGACUGAAAAGCUCGAACAAGAUCCCGAAUAAAAAGAAAAACAAUAAAUGAAUAGAACUGCAACCACUGUGUUAAAUUUAUUGAAUAAAAUAGAUAAUCGUCAACAUUAGCUGUUUUUUUUUUGUUCUAUUGUGUUAACUAUUGGUUUUUUUUCGGUUUUUAUCGAGUGCGUUAGUCUUUUACAUUGAUUUCGAGUGGUAACAAUUUUAUAUUAUUCCGUCGUCGCUGUGGCUGCUUAAUUCGAUUUUCGUUGUUGGAUGUUAAUUAUGAUGGACGGUCACCACAUGAGAAAAUACUCGAUUUGCCUAUAGAUAGUACUGCGCGCCAUACAACGAAGUUCUCGUCAUCCAGUGUUGUUUUUUGUAGACGUCUGUUGCAUGCGAAAUGGGAGCAAAGGCCAGCACGGCCAACGGUGAUGACAACAGCACCAGCCACGGUGACCGGUCGUUUUCUUCCGGCAACGGGUCGGAUUCCGUACAGACGGCCGGGAACCCUGGGUUUAGCAUUCUACGUUCUUUGCCCAGUGCAGUGGCUAACGACAGACAGCGUGCCAGAUCGUUGUCCAGUGUACCCGACGGCCAUGAUAACAAUAGUAAUUCUACGACCCCUCGGUUCGACAUCACAGACGUCUUGGAAGCGGACAGUGGCUCAAACGACGAUCAGAAUUUAGACAGCCCUACAGUCACUGCUAAUAUCAGUCUUGGACGCGUUUAUUCGGCACAUUCGUUACCUGCACAUAUUUGGUCAUUCAAUGGUAUGCCUAAAUCUUUUUAUUUCACAAUAGGUAUUUAGUUUUUACUUAACAGACCAAACAGUUUGCCUAUUAACUAUUUACUUACCUACCUAGUAUGUUUUCAAUAUCAACAAAUAUUAUAUAAUAUCUAUGUAAGGGUUACUUUAGUUAUUAAAAAAUAAUAAUAAUAAUACUCAAUAGGUAAACUUUUUUUUGAUUAAGUUAGUAAAGGAUAGUAAGUAUUAUAAGAUAAUUUAAAAUAACAGCUUCGAAAUAUAAUCAAUUUUGUUUAGUAUUAUUUUAAAUGUUAUAUAAUCAUUUGGUAAGUUAUAAUAUUAUAUUUCACAUUAGUCUACCCCAGCUUUAAGUUUCUUAUUACUCUUUACAUUGUUUAACCAUCUUUAUUUACGUUUGACUAUUUUAUCCUACGUUAAUUUCUUUAUAUAAGUGUGGUAUAAAAUAUGAGAAAAUACAAAUACCCUUGAUGUCUACCUAUUUUACCAAUUUAUUUAUCUUUUGAUAUUUACCAACCUUAAAAUAAUUUUUCAAAUUUUAUAAUUAUUCACUAUCAAAAAUUUAAAAAAAAUCUUUGGAUAUUUUUAAAAAUAAAAGAGUACUUAUUGAAAUUUGGUAUCUAAUAGUUUUUGGUAUUUAAAUUAAUGAUAUUGUUAAAGAAGUGUUCUCUAUGGAACUGAUGAUCACUCAAUAUAGAUAAUGACAUUUCCAUCAAUUAAUUUUACAAUAAUUCUUCUUCCUCUUUAUUCUCUUUAUUAUGUAAGUAAUGCAGUAGCUACCUUCUGAUUGAGAUUUAACUGAAAUAUUGAUUGUACCUUUAUAGAUUCAAUUUGUUGAAAUUCUCAUUUAUAGGAUAAUAUUAUAAUUAUUUGCAAUUAGCACAUGUUAAGUGCAUAUUAUGUAUUACUCAUGAUGAUAAUCACACCACCAUCCUUUCUUCACUAGUAUUCACUCAACUGAUAAUGAUUUAAAUACAAUUCUCUUCGAAUAGUAGAUAAACUAACUAUUUUUGUUUUAUAGUUUCAUAGUCGAGUAAUUAGUAAUUAGUCGAAUUAUAUAUUAAUAAUACAAUUUUGAAUUUGAAAUUUUCAAAUAUUUGAGUACCAACCAAGUGUAAUUUAUUUUUUGUUUUUAUGUAGGUAUUACCUGAUGAUUUUACAAAUGAAAUAAUAAUAAUAAUUAUUCUGUUCAAUAAUUUUUAGGUUUUUUUGUUUUCUUGAAUAAUUUUAAUAUUAAUAUAAUUAUAUUAAUAGUUUUUUUCUUGUACCAAUUUUUCUCUAUUAUAUAUAUGUAUAUUUUUUUUUAAAACAAAAAAUGAAAAUUUAAAUUUAAAAAAAAAUUAGUUUUACAAAAUCCAAGAUAUUUUACAAACAUUUAUUUGAAAUAAAAUGUUGGUGUUAAAAAUAUUUACAAAUGAUGAAUAAUUAUGUUUCUAUAAUUCUUAAAGUUUAUAAAAAUCAAUAACAAAACUAUUUUUCAAUUUUAUCACUUGAUAUUUUAUAGUGACAAUGAAUAUGAUUUAAAUUAUCGUAAACUUUUAUGAUUCAUUAUUAGUAAAUGUUUAUAAAUCUAAUUUGGCGUUUCAAAAUAAAUUUAAAAAAAGGUAACCUUGAAUUUUGUAAAAAAUAUUGUAUUUUUAAUUUUAAAAGAAUCAUAGCAAAAGGGCUCUAGUAAUAGUUUCAAAAAAGAAAAAUUAAAUAUAUUUAUUAGGUAAAUGCAAUAAAGUUAUUAAAUUUAUCAAAUCUUUGUGAAGAUUGAAGUAUAAAAAAAUUAAGUGGCUCACUUAGGCAGUCACAUGGUAAGAUAGGUGUAGAUAAUCCUCUGGGUGAUUCAUUUUCUCUAAGUUUUCUAAAUAUUUUUAAAGAAUUUAAUAUUUGUGAUAAAAAUAUGUUUUAUUCAUGAUCAAAAUAUUUAUUUCAAUUUGUUUGAUAAUAUUUGUGUGUAUUAAUGCAUGGAGUUAUAAUUAUUAACUUUAAAUAUAAAAAAGUUAAAUUAAAUAUAUUUUAUGAUUUUAUUAAUUACUAUUUGAUCCUAUUGGUUAUAUGUUUAUAUUUAUAAGCUAUAAUUUGAGACAAUAUGUAUUAAAAAUCACAUAGAUAACUAAUAAUACUUGAUAUUUAAAGUCAAGUGAAAUCAUAAUAAAUUUUUUUUAUAAUUUAUAACUUUUAUCUUGGCAUUCAAUCAUUUUCAAUCAAGAGGACGUUAUACGUUAUACCCACAUAUACUGUCUCAGUCCAACUACUGAGUAACAUACAAAAACAAUGCUUGUGUAGAAUAAGUAAAAUUAGCUUAAUUUUGAUUUUAGAGUAAAAAUAUCUAUUAUGAAAUUUAUAGAGAACAAUAUUUUGGAGAGAACGUCAUAAGGUUUUUGUUUUAUUAAAAUAUACAGCUCGACAUGUAAGAUACAAAAUUUUUUUUUUUAAUAGUUCACAAUUCAAAAAACACAUAUGACAUUCUCUUCAAAAUAUUGUUCGCAAUAAAUUUCAUAAUGGAUACUUUUACUUUAAAAUCAAAAUUAAGCUAAUUUUACGUAUUCUGCGUAAGCAUUGUUUUUGCAUGUUACCUGUAGUUGGACUGAAACAGUAUAUGUGAGUAUAAUAAUACUCUUCUUAAUACUCAUAUUUCAAGUUGCUUUUUUUUUUUUCUAAAAAUUUGUAAUGUUUUAAAAUAGAGAUUCAGUAUACUAUAAUGUUUUGAAAAUAUACAUUAUCAUCUUAAAUAUAUCUUGUUUAUAGAAGAAAGAAAAUUUGAUUUUCAAGUAUAAAUUAAUUUAUAUUCUUCAUGAAAAAUUUUAAAUAGCUAAAAGUCUUAAUUAAACAGUUUAUUUAUUUAUUGAUAAAAAUACAAUUUAGGGUCAAGUGGAGAUAUAGAACGAGGGUAGCCGACCCGGAAUGUAAUUGUAAAAUUAUUUAUUCAGAAUGAGCACCUUAAGUACAAAUUAUGAAUUUAUUUUUAUUAUUAAUUUAUAAAAUGUACCAUUUAUCUCUCACGUGUAUAUUGCAAUAAUUGGAAAUUCUGUUAAAAUAUUAUAUUACAAAUUACAAUAGUAUUUAAGAAUUGUAGAAAAAUUUAUUACAAAUGAACCAAUCUGGAUGUGCCUAAAAGGACUGGCAUUCAAUUUUCACUGCCCCAAAUACUAAUAUUGUAGUUAUAUAAUUUUUGUAAAUAUUGACACUUUUUCUAUUUUAAUAGUGUACAAAAAUUAUACCAGAAAUCUUGCUCCGAUUUACAUUAAUAACACUUUUUCUAAAAGAAAAUCUGACUGAGGAGGUACUUUAGGGAGGUCGAUUUUUCCAGUAUAUGUGAACAACCGAGAAAACACAGGAAAAUCGGCGAAAUCUGAUCAAUAUUAAUAAAAUAUCAGUAAAGAAAAUAGUGCUUAUCUAAUUAUUUUACCAUAAUAUAACAUAUAGGUAUAUUGUUGACAAAGCAUCACUAUCAACUGAACUCUCAAAAUCGAUUUUCUGUUAGCAAUGGUUUAUCGAUGCUUACACAUUUACAUUAAAUUAACUUCUGUAUCCUACUUUCCCUACUUCCCACCUACAACAGUGACUACACCCGUCCCCCGCAAUGAAAUGGCUGCAUACUAUCAGUACCUAUGUAAUGUCUGUUUGAUAAACAUUCUGUAUGAAUCAUAUGUUUUAGAUUUAGAAUUUUUAGUUGUGAUGAAAAUAUUAAAUGUAUACAUAUUUCUAUAAAUUAAUAAUACAUAGAUAGCCUUUGUAAUUGUUAUACCAUUUCUGUUAACAAUAAUUCAUUUUAAGAAAUCUGAGUUGCUUAAAUUGUGAAUUAGGACAUAAUUUGGAAUAGAUGAGUUAUAUAUUCUAAUAAAUUAGUCCCUCUAGUGAUAUUUCAUGUUAUGAUUAUUUUGUUUUUAAUAAAAGUUUAUUUUUUUUUUAAUACCCAACAGCAAUUUUUCACAUGUUUAUUUAUUUCCCUAAAAAAUAAAAAAAAAUAUCUAUUGAUUUUGUUUGAUAGCUAAAUGAGUAUGAAUUAUUGUGCAGUUUUUCGAGAAUUGUUUUUAAUAACAAAAUCUGUAUUCUGUAUAAUAUUAAAUUAACAUCGUAUACUCGUAGUGGAGUGGAGUGAGGAGAUUACUGUACGCGGUAACUGGUCUACAUUGUAAUUCGUUCAGAUCCCCGCCACAUGUUGAACUUCCUUAUUCCAAUCGGUUCUCUUUCUCUUAGUAUACACACGCUACAACUCUAGAUAUGUCUACGAUGUACACUGUAUAUAAACAAGUGGUGUGGUAUGACUGCGUUAUUUUUGGUCUAGUAAUAGCAGUUUUCACUGCUCCCGCGCGUGUACAAUAAUAUGUUUUAUAGUUUUCUUCGUGGGUAUUAUAACAGGUGGACCAAAUCUAGUUUACGACCCAAACUUGUUUUUCAAAUUUUUUUAUUUUUUUUCAAAAUGUGUGUUUUAACCUGUACAUUAAGAAUCUGAAAAAAAAGUCGAACGAACUUCGUUUGAAAGUUAUGGAGAAAACUUCAAGAAGUUCUGGUUUUCCGAUUCGUGUAUUUCUUAGUUAGAAUUUAAUAUGCUAAUGCUAAUUCAUUAGUAUAAUCGAAACUUACCUAUCAUACUUACUCUUACAGUUAUUGUACAUAAACCGUGAAAAAUAGCAUUUUCGGAAUUAAUUAAAAAUGUGGUCUAAAAUAGACAUUUUUUCUAUUAUUAUUUUUAAUUAUUGAUAUAUUUUAAACAAAGUUUUUUUUAUUGAAGUCAGAAUAAGUCUAUCUGGCUUAGUUUUAGAGUUACAAACGUUCGUGUUUCACUGCGCUCACUCAGACAAUUUUAAUCGAAAAUAACCCUCGAUUUGUGCAAAACUACGUCGGGUAGGUAACAGGGUAAACGUUAGUCUAAUUUACUGGCUAUAUAGCAGAAUUAUGUUACUUAGAAUGCAAAUAGUUUCGUUGAAACUCAAAUAAUAAACAUUAAAGAAGAAAUUAUUUUUGAUGGGUUGAGAAGCUUUUACUAAAAAAAUUGUUGUACAAAAAAGUUAUAUUAUUAAAUAUUAUUUUAAACGGAUUUUACACAAAUUUUUACUUGUAAUGUGGUCACAUUGAUUUGAGGUAGAUAAAGUUUGUUUAAAUUUUAGAGAAAUACAUUGUUCUACUAAGUGCAUCAUCUCGCUUCAUAUAGUUAGUGGUUAUACUAGGUAAGAGUGUUUUUUUUUCUGUCUGGGAACAACUUUUUACUAAAAAUCGUGUUCAAAUCAAAAAUUAACAAUUGACCUUUUUUGUUGAAUUUUGGAUUUAGUUGGUAUUUGGAGGUCAUUUUUGUAUUUUAUAAGCGAUUUUCGUAAUAAUUCAUCUCGAAUUAAAAAUUAUCAUUUUUCGAAAAAAACUUUAUAGAAUAUUUUAGUUGACAACAAAUAUCCAUUGAACUACGAUUUAAACAAAAGCUAUCCUAGGAUAAUGGAGACGGGUACAGCCACUGUUAUAGGUAAUUUAAUGUAUAUCUGUAAGCAACGAUGAAUCAUUGCUAACGAUAAAACGAUUUUGAGCGGUUUUCAGUUGAUUGGCCAAAUAUUAUACCUAUUUUCUCAUUUAUUAUGAAAACUCCUUACAAAAUGAAAAAAUAGUGUCCCUAAAUUACCUCCCCAGUCAAAUUUUCUCUUAGAAAAAAUAUACCUAUUAUCAUUGUAAAUCGGAGCAAAAUUUCUGGUAGAAAAGUAAUCCACAGAAAAAAAGACCGUAAUAUUGUUUUAAUAAGGCAUUUUGUACAUUCUCCCGUUUUUUCCAUUUGUUGAGAAAAUCAAAAAAUGACCUUCCUUUAGUCCCCAUUAGUAUUAAAAGAAUGUUUCUAUUAUAAUUAUAUUAUCUCAUUAUUUUUUUUAAUGAAAAUUAGUGAUACUUAAAUUAAUUAAUUAUCUAUAUAUAUUAACCUGGGUCCUAGAUCCUAUAUCACACAGUGACAUAACCAUAUGUUAUUUUAUUAAUUACUAGCUGUGCUAGCGUUGCCCGUGCCAAUUUUUUUUUGUUAUUUCUUUUUGGUUUUGAUCGUGUCAGUAUCAAAUGAAAAUUAAUGGGUGGAAAAUGUGUAGUCCUCCGACGGAUUACAGUGUUCUGUUUUCAUAUUUUUUCAUAAUUUGCAUAUUAAAAAUAUUUUUUUAUUUUUUUUUUUUUUGGGGGGGGGGAGGUGAAUUUUAAAAGAAGUGAAGCCUAAUCUAACCUAUCGGGGAAUGGAAGAGCGCGAGUACUGCAUUACUCAUCACUCACAGAUGACACGGCGUUCAUUUUGUAUUUUUAUUUGGGUAUUUGCCAACAAUUUAUUGAUAUGUGUGUUAAUAUAAAACUAAUAACUCGAUUGUUAAUCUAUUUGUGUAAAAAAAAAAAGACAUACUUCGCACGUUGGGUGGGUCACUGUUGUAGGCGAGAAGUUGGUAAGGUAGGAUAUAGAAGGGAACUUAAUUUUUAUCUGUAUGCUAUGAUUGAUCUUUGCUAACGAAAAACAAUUCUGAGCGGAGGAGUAUAUUGUAUCGGUUAUACAUAUUUUUAAAGGCCGUAAUAUUGUAAAAAUUUGACACUAAAAUUCUUUUAAAAAAAAAUUCUUCAUUACUUAAAUUUUUCUUUUUUGACCACAAAGUACGACUUAUUUCUUCAUUUUCUAAGCAUUUUUGUUUAGUCUAACAAUUUUAUCCACAGAGUACUUAUAGAAUCAAAAUUGCGUAAUAAACUUGCAAAAUUAAAAUGUAGGAAUGGGUCAAAGACUUGCAAUUUAUUACUCUUCCCUACUCCGGUCUAAACUUUAAACUCUUAUAACACAUAAACAGUAAAUCUGAUAUUAGUGUUUUGCAUAUCAAAAUUUCUAGAAAAAUAUUUUCUAUUUAAAUCUGUUUCCAAAAGGGGGAUUUUUGUUUGAAAAUCAAAAGUUUGUAUUUAUUUAAGGUACAUACAAUUUUUAAAAUAAAGCUUAAACAAUUCCAUAAUUAUUAGAAAAAACAGAAAUCGAAUUCACUUAAAAUCCUCUGAGAUAAUUGCUGAUUCAUGAUAAAAAAUCACUCUGUAUAAUGAAAUAAAAAGAACGAGGGUGCAGCCACUUUUUUUUAAAGUUUUUUAAAGUUAGGAAGGUAGGAUAAUGACGGGAAUUUAAUGUAUGUCUCUAAGCGGCGGUAAACCAUUGUAACAAAAAAAAAAACCGUUCUUAACGGAAUUCAGUUGAUAGUGUUGCUUUGUCAAAAAUAUAUAUCAUAAUAUUAAUAAUUUAUUGUUGUAAAUUGAGAUUUUCAUACAAAACCACCAUCCUAAUUUAUAUUUCCAGUGGCUUUUCCAAAAAUUGUUUUUUAUGACAGCCUUUUUCUAAUAAUUAAGAACACAAGAACAAAAUCAGCCUAAUCGGUCCAUCUGUUUUCAAGUUAUGGCGUCACCAAAAAACUAUCGAUUCAUUUUUAUAUAAUAUAUAGGUUAUAGGUAUUUAUUCACAUUUGUAUUUAUUUAGGCCCCUAUGCAAUAAAUUUUAAUUUCUAUAUUUGAUAAAACAUUUGUGUAAUCUGAUAUAUUUCUUUCUUGAAUGAUAAUCUUGUUAUGAUAUGAUCUAAUCUGAACCUAUGGUUAAGUUAUAUUCUACAAUUUUAUUUUUAGAUUUAAUAUUUUUUGUACAUUUAUUUUCGGAUUUUGUUUAGGUCAUCCUAAAAACGAAUUCCACGAAAAGUUAAUAUUUUCCGAGUGUCUAGGUUAUGUUAAUCACAAUAUAUCAACAAAAUAUUAUUUAUGUUAUUUUAUGUUUAAUAUUUUUUACAUCACGGGUUUAAAAUUAAUAAUUCUAAAUGGUUGAUUAAAUUAAAAUGUAAUAAAUGUAGGUAGUUACUUGUGUAUAAUAAUUAUUUAUUAUAGCUUAAAAUAAUUUCAAGAAAAACUAAAACCUGUGGCUUAAUUAUUAUGAAUACUUAUUUUUAAAACUAUCCAAUUUUCGUUAAUCAAAAUUUUAUCUAAUAAUAUGAUGAACUAUAAUUGAUACAAAAACCAGAUGUUUAUUAUUUGCAGUGGUGGAUUUAGCGUCAGGCAAAGUUGCUUUGGGCGACAACUUUACGCCUUUUUUUUUUGAGAAUACUAGUUUUUUUUUUUUUAGAUUUUGUAAGGUAAUUUUUAAUUUUUACAAUUGAACGAAACUAUUUACCUAUAAUUUAUAGUAAUACAUUUUCUUAAUCCAAAAGCUAUUUUAAUUUUAUGCAUAUUUAUCAAGUGUUGGUUAUUACACACUAUGUGUACAAAAAAAAAAAACAACUUUUUAAAGAAAGAUAAAAUUGUAUUAAUUUUUUUUUUCGUAACUAUGAAAUAGAAAGCGGCCGAGUCUACUCCUUAAUCUACCUUAUUAGAGAAUUAGGUAUUAUCCAUGUAUUUAUUCAGAUUUGAUAUUCGAUUAUUUUCAACACAACUUUCAAGGCGGAUAGAUUUAAUAUUCGGAUAUUAUUGAUGAGUAAACAUUACAUUUUAUAAACAAUAUUUGUUUGAUUAGAAUAUUUUAUAUAAUGCAUUUUUUUUUCAAUAGUUAUGUUAAAUAAAUACCUUAAAAUUCGUUUUCUCAUUGAAAAGUUUAAUAGGGCGACAAAAUAAAAUUUUCCUAGGGGCGGCAAUUGUUUAAAUCCAUCUCUGAAUAUUUGUUAGGUUUCACUUGUCUAUAGAGUAUGCAUACUCAUGUACCUAUUCUAUGCGCAUUGCACAUGUAGUUAUUCCAGCAACUAACAUCUGAUGAUGAUGUGAUUUAUAAUAUUGUGUUAAAUUAGAAUUUGCUAAUAAAUAUUACCCAUUUACAAAAUCAUUAUUUAUUAUCCUCGUUUGCAACUAAUUCGUUCGGUUUAAGUAAAAGUAGUUUUAAAAUUUAAAUUAUUGUGUUGAAACAUACUAGAAAACAGCAAUUUAAAUUAUUAAAUAAUGUAUCUCCAUGUCUCCAAUGAAAAUAUUUUAAAGUAUUUAAACUUAACCUACUCACUACUACAAGUCAAUAAUUUGUUGAUUAAAUACAUGAUUAAUAUAAUGUUACAAAUAUAAUAUUAAUAUUAUAAUAAUUGUUAUUGCAGUAUCAGAGAAAUAUCCACUGUUGUUUUUAAUUAUUCUGUACGUUCUGUGAUUUAUAACCACCACGUGUUUUUUGUCCAAAGUUUAUGAUUUUGUAGUCAACAGUAUUAUUUUGUUAUUGGCUAUUUCAUAUUCUGAGUGGGGAGUAUAACAAUAUUUGUACGUCUAAAUACGUCAAUGGUUAUGUUCUUGAAACAUGAAAUUUAAGAAAAAUCUAUAAUUUCCUAAUGUUAGAUACAUAUAUUACACUGUUACCCAUCGGCUACCACUCUUCUAUAUUAUUAUUGUUUCCUAUGAAUUAUUUACUAUUUAUUGGUAUUAAAUGAAUUUUUAGCCUUGAUAAAUUAACAAAUAAGCCAUUGAAUUUUUAUGAAAUAUCACCAGGCGUCAAACAUAAGGAAAACAAGGACAUUUAUUUUGAAAUAAUGCCUUAAUAUCUUUGUCAUUUACACUUGUAGACUACUUUUUUUUCUUACUAUUUGGCUAUUGUGGUCAUACUUUUAUAGGAAAAAUCUUUAAAAUUGUUGUAGUUUUGAUCUUGGGUUAUUGAUUGCCUUUAACAAUAAUAAAAAAAUAAUUGUCAUAAUGAUUUCGUAUUCAUAUAAUCAUAAUAUUCAUUAAAACAUUAUAAUAUUUAGUUUAGUUUUAUUUUGAAAAUAAAUUGUGCUUGUGCAAUAAAAAUAACUAUACUGUUUUUUUUUGUUUUGACUAAAAAGUUUAGGUGUCAAUGUGUCAAGGGCUAAUUUUAAGUGUUCCACAGAAAAAAUGUAUGGCCUCAAGUGCGCUCUUCCUACCCCAUAAAAAAUGAUUAGUGCUAUCUCUAUGAAUGAGAUAAGUGAGGAGAUAAGUAUACUGUCUCAGUAGGUAAUUAAUACUUUUAGGAUUACCUAAAAGUAUAUAUAUAAACAAUAAUUUAAAGAAAUCAUAAAUUUUAAGAGUUGUUAAACUAGAUCUAGACCAUUUAAGGAACGAUAACACAAAUCAAACAUCAAAAUUCUCAAAAUAUAUUCAUGUCUUACACAAACAUAUUAGUAGCAUACUCUGACAGAUUUUUUUUCAAUAUCAUGGCAUAAUAUGAUUUCAUCAUGAAAAAUUCAAAGUUAGAGAUUAUAUCAGAGAAGAAAAUAACAUUUUAUUUAAGAUAAAAUAUAAGAUUGUAGCUUUAUUUUUAGAACUGUCUUGAUUUUGAUUGUUUUUUAUUGUCUUAACUAACAUACACUGGUAUGUUUAACCUGUGUUUUAUAAACCGAAUAAUUGUUUUUAAUAAACCUUUAUGUUCUUUUAAAUUGUAUUAUACUGUUUGUCUUUAUAAUUACACGUUGAAUGCAUUUGCAAGUUAUAAUACAUUAAAAAUAGAAAACAAAUUAUAAAUCUAGAAAAAAAAAAAAAUUAAAUAAUGAAUUAAUAGUUAUAAUCUGUUAAUUAUUGUCCAUAUUUUUGUUCCAAACAACAGACCUUAUCAAAUAUUUAAAUGUGAAGCAUUAAAAAAUAAAAAAUGUUAUCUAUAUUUAAUUCUGUAUUUAAUAUUUUUAAAAUAAUGAGUGGCUGACUAUCUUUUGCCUUCUUUCUCUCUCUGAUCUCUCAAUAAUUUAAUACACGAACAUGCAUUUUUUUUUUCUUUUAAAAAUUUAAAUUGUAUCAUUAUUAUUAUGUAUGUGUUAUGUAUAUCUUGUAACAACUAGUUUAUGUGAAUGAUAUAUGUUAAAUUUUAACAUAGAAAAUUUAUUAAUGUUUGAUAGUUGGAAAAGAAUUGAGAAAUUUGAAUUAAUAUUUAAAGCUUAGAGUUUGUUUUUAAGAUAUUUUAUCUUAAAAGGAAAGCUAUAUUAUUUUUAUAAUGAUGUUUUAUUGUUUUUUUCAGAAAAAAAAACUGUGUUGUAAAAAAGCUUAAAAAGUUAAAAUAAAAAAAGGUUUUCUUGGAUAAUUGAGAUUGAUGCAACCUCUGUUGUAGGUGGGAAGUUGAGAAGGUAGCAUAGACAGGACUUUAAUGUAUACAAUAAAAAAUGAUUCUGAGCAGAGUUUGGUUGAUAGUGUUGCUUUAUCAACAAUAUACAUGUUAUAUUAUACCUAUACAUUAAACAUUUUCUUUAAUAAUAUUUGUUUAAUAUUGUACCUAUUUUCCUAUUUUUCCUAUGUUUCCUAUUUAUUGGGAAAAUCAAAAAUAACCCCCCUAAAAUAUCUCCCUAGUCAGAUUUUCUUUUAGAAAAAGUACUAUCGCUGUAAAUUGGAGCAAAAUUUAUCACAGGAAAAUAAGUAUAAUAUUAAAUAAAUAUUAUUAAAGAAAAUGUUUAAUGCAUAUGUAAUUAUUUUACCAAAAUAUGACACAUAUAUUGUUGACAAAGCAACACUAUCAACCGAACUCUGCUUAGAAUCCGUUAAUAAUGGUUAAUUUUUGCUUGCAGAUAUACAUUAAAUUCCCGUCUAAAUCCUACCUUCCCAAUUUUCCACCUACAACAGUGACUGCAUUCAUCGCCAUUAUCCUAGGACAGCUUUUUAAUAUUCAUAUUAUUAUAUGUUGGAAGAAAUAGAACGAGGUUGCUUGUUUAACGGUUUUAAAUCUAACAUUGAUUCUAGUUUCAAGAUAAUAUUUGAUUUUUCUACUUUUGUUAAAAACGUAGUAUGAUGGUCAAAAUAACCAUCGUCUUAGAUGUUCUCUUUUCCACCUUUUGUGGCAUUCAAAAACGCGAGCUCAUAAAAAGUAUUCUUCACUAAAAAUUUCGGUCAACAUCCAAAUCGAUUCCACGAUAGUUUUUUUUUAAUUUCAUAAGAAAUUUAAUGUUAGCACCUUGUUCAAUUUUUAAAAAUAACAUUUUCCCAGUAAAAUAGUUGAACACACUAAUAACAAGGCAAAUAAAUAUAAGAAAAAUAAAUAAAUUUCAUAAAUACUAAUAAUACUCUUAGGUAAGUGUUUCUUAAUCACAUUUUAAUAAUCAAUUUAUAGAUAAAGUUCAUAGAUUAGCUUAUAUUUAGAAAGUUCCAUUUCUGUACAUAUUUCUGUGCAUUAUAAGAAUAAUAUAAUAUUACUGAGUUAUUAUUGUAUUAGUAUUUACUAAUUGUAGGCAUAUAAUUAACAAUAUAAUUCACUAUACCUACGUGUAUAUUUUUAAAUGAUAUUAUUAGACACCGUAAAUAUUAUUUGUUUUAGGAAUUAAAUGUCCAGUUUGUUCAAAGUUUGUUUUGCCAGAUGAGAUAGAGGUACAUCUCGUUAUGUGCUUGACCAAACCUAGACUGAUUUACAAUGGUAAGUUAAUUUGUUUAAUGAUCCAUGUGGUUAAUUCAAAAUUAAUGCACACGUCUUAUUAAAAAUACACUGUAUGUUUUAUUGAUUGUAAUAUAACCUUACAAUAUAACCGUUAUAUUGUAAUUAAAUCUCAGUUUGUUAAAAUUAUUAUACACAAAUUUGUCUAAUAUUUUUGUGUUAUUUUGUAGAAGACGUUCUAAACGACGAUAAAGGUGAAUGUGUCAUAUGUUUAGAAGAACUGACACAAGGUGAUACUAUAGCUAGGCUUCCUUGCCUUUGCAUAUACCAUAAAACGUAAGUUAAAUUUAAAUAUUAAUUUUGUUAUAUUUUUAAGCUAUAUGCUAUAGUGUUUUUAAAUGGUGUUUUAAUACCUAACUUUUACAAAAUAAUAAAAGUACAAAAUACUACUCUUUUCAACUGCUCUAACUGUAUAGUUUCACUGAUUUACCAUAUCAUCUCUAGUACUUUGUUUUUAGUUUUGCAUAGUUAGCAUAAUAUUGAAGGGUAAAAUACGAGCAUAUAUGUUUGUACAAUAAAUUAGUUCAGUUGGAAGUUAAGUCCUAACAAUAAUCGAGUCUUAAUAAUAUGAUUGCGUGUAUAAUUUUAAUAUUUUUUCUAAAUUAUUAUCAAUCCCCACAUAACACUCAUACAUACCUUUAUUUGUUACUGGCAUUACCACCCUAGAAGUUUAAAGUUACUUAUAAUGUGUAUUGGUUGUUGUAAUUGGAAUAAAUUUUAUUGUUGUUGAAUUAUGUUUAAUUAUAUUAGUGACAAACACAUGUCUUAAGUCUGUAAAAUAUAACUUUGAGAUCUUUGUGUAUAUCAGUCCAAUGACUCAAUCCUAAAGGCCAGUUAGUGUAGUUGAAAAGCCACUCAACUACUUUGACUAAAUGGGUAGGACUAAGUAUAAAUAUUUAUAGCGCUAUAUGUACCAUCUAGGAAACUAAGGAGGUGAGUUGUACAUUUUAAUUCUAUUGUUGGAUAUUUCUUGUAUUGACCAAACUUUUUAAACAUUAUUUUUAUUUGUUUCUAAUAAAUAUUGAGGUAUGCUGAGAUAAGAAUUUGUAUUAGAUUCUAAGUAGAGCUAAAAAGCUUAUAAUUUUACAAAUAUGUUUUUUUUUUUUUGUGACAACUUUUCUACCUUGUACUCUUGUACACUGUCCAUCCAUUUGACGUGUUUCCUUUUAUAAAGCACCUAAUAAUUGAUUAUUUGAUCUCAUUUCUACUAUUCAGAAUUAUGUAUUCUCAGGGCCUUGUAUUUUCCUCUCAAAUCUUUGGAGCUUUCCUUUGUCACUCUUCGUAAUGGCUCACGUGACACAGGCAUAUGUAAGGACUGGUUACACGUAGCUAAUAUAUAGUUGUUCUCCUGUGUUUUUUGAUAUAAGUUUUGACCUAAAAAGAUUUGAUAAAGCAUAGUAACACCUUUUUCGUUGUGGAUGUCUUGUAUUUAUUUCACCUUACAGAGAAUUUCACCUAUCUAAAUUGAAAUCAUUCCUAGAUAUUUAAACUCUUGUGUAUGUUCUAUUCUAUUGUUUUUUAUACAUGGUAAAUUUUCCUAUUUUCUUAUCAUCAUGUAUUUUGAUUUUCCCAAGUUAACUGUUAAACCAAUACUUUCUCUUGGUUUCAUCAUUUCCAUCAUGUUCUUUUUCACUUAAUUUUGUUUUUUCCCUGUAAUCACAAUAUUAUCAGCAUAUGCAAGUAUUAUAUUUUCAUUUCUUAAUAUCAUUGAUUCUGUUAGUGGAACUUUCUGUACACACUAAUGCGAGGUUGAAUAGUACCGGUGACAUUGUGGUGAUCUUAUUGUAUUCUGUUUGUAAUCGUAAAGGCAGGUGACAAAACAUUCUUAAAUUUGACACUGCUAUUGGUUUUUGUGUUGCAUAUAUUUAUCAAUGUGAUAAUCGUUAGAUUACAAGUCAAUGUUGAUGUAAUUAAAAUUUGAAACUUAACUUGGUACAUCGUGAUUAAACUUUUAAUUUAAUGAAAUAUGAAAAAGUAAAUGUAGUACACAUUUUAUGUAAUUUAAAGUAUGUGAAUCUGAUAUCUGAAUUUUGAAAUUUUAGUUUAUUUGUCUAGGGUGUCUGGUAUUUUUCAACUUAAUCAUUUAUUUUUAAUGUAAAAAGUUAUUUAAUUGACCUUGAUAAAUAGUUAGUAUUUUUAUGUAGAAAUACUAAGAAAUGAAAAGAAUGAUUAAAAAAAAAAAAACGAGAAAUAGAAAAAAAAAUGUUUGUUUUAAUAAUUAAAUAGAUUAUUAAAUGGUUACAAUCCAACACAGCAUGCAGACAACGAUUAAACAUAACAUUAGUGAUAAUAAUAAUUAACAGUACACAUAAUAAUAAUAAUAAUAAUACGAGAAUUGAUAAAAUAGAGCAAAACAAAAUUAUUAUUACUAUUAUAAAAUACGUCUCAUGAAUUAUUCAAUAUGUUAUGACGUUACUGCAGGUAAAAUGUACAUUUUCUUUAAAACAUGAAACACAGUAGCAAGGUGAUUGCUUAUAUUUUAUUGUAUAGUUUUUCGAAUAUUGUUAUUUUUUUUAUUCAAUAUUCUUUUUAAUAUUAUUACAAUUAUUGUUCUUUUCAAUAUCUAAUAUAUUUCAUCAAUUUAAGAACAAUCAUUUAUUUAUGUUUUAAAACAAACUUAUUUUAUAAAAUCAUAUUCACUAAUAUUAAAUAUCUACUUCAAUAACAGUUAAUAUUGUAAACACUUGUAUUGUCAAAUAUUUUUAUUGGGUUUAUCGAGCACUAAUACUUGACAUAGUACAAAAUUAAAUAUGUUAUUUAAUUUCCAUUGCCGUAAGAAUUCUAGGUAAAUUUUAUUAAAUACAUUACUGUGGAAAAAAAUACAAAGUCUGUCCUAUAGUAAAUAAUUAUAGAAUUUAAAUUAUACAUACAUAAUUAUUGUAGUAUUACUAUAUCAAUAUAUUAAUGUCCAUUUAUGCUAAGUCUACAUAGACCUAACCUAACCUACAUUGUAGACGGACAAAAAACGAUCAACAAAUUACACCAUACCAAGGUCAUCAACACUAAAUACAAUAAAUUUCAUUCGAAUCUGAUAAUUUAUACUUAUAUGUGGUAAUGUAAUUUGUCUUAUUUCACUUUACAUUACAAUGUAUGCCUCGAUGUACGCAUUUGGUUGUAUAUAUUUGUUUGUUUAUCUAAUUUCUCAAAACAUUUCUGUUAAAGUAUUUAUAUAAUAUUUGGCUCUAUAUUGAUAUAUAGAUAACAGCAAAUAGGCACUUAAUAUCUGUGUUUAUAUUAUUGUUAAGUUAACAUAAAUGUAUUUAAAAAGGUUUCCUGAAUGCUUAGUUUCUGAGCGUAAAGAUGAUUAUUGAUUUUAUGAUAUGUGUGUGUGGGUUUUUUUUUCUCUAUUAACAACUUUUACUAGAAAUUGAUGAUCAACUCCAGCUUCUGGUAGUAAUUUUUGUCUUGUUAGUGCAUAGAGAAAGCAAUUUUUUGAUUUACCUUGUAAACCUUUUCUUAAAAAUUUAGAAAAUUUAUACAACAAUGGGUUGUCCUGUUAUUUUGUAUUUAAAUUCAGUUGAAAAUAAUUUGAAACCUGAAUUAUCACUGAAAACUUGUAUCAUUCCUUUCUAAGCUUCUUAACAUAUUCAAAAUGUUCUGGUAAUAUUUAAGCUAUUUAUAGCCAUUUGAAAUUGGGGAUUUUGUUUAAUUUUUAUUGAGUUUUAUGCAGAUAAGAUUAUUUUGGGUUUUCUAAAAUUAUUGAAAAUUUUACAUGAGCUUCAUUAUAAGUCGUACAUAGUGAUAAACAAAAAUGAGUAUAAUGAAUUGUAAUUUUAAUUUUUUUUUUAUAAGAGUUUAAAGAAUGUAUAGAUUACAAAUGUUUUAAUAUUUUAUUAAUUAUUUUAUAGUAUAAGAUUUAAAAGUUAAAUGUUGAGUUGAUUAUAUUAUUAAUAUUAGAUACAUUUGUUUUUUAAGAGAAAACUUCUUUUGUACCUUUGUACUUCCUUAAAUUGUGUAUUGAAAAAAAGGAAUUAUAAUUAUAAUAAUUAUUGUUAUAAUUGAUUUAAAAAUAUUUAAAAUAGAUUCUUAUAUUGAGUAGAAUAAAUAAUUUUUUCAUAGUAUAACGGAAAAUAUAAUAUUAUAAUUUAUAGCUUAUGUUAUGCGAGAAAUUAAUAUUUAGAUUACAAUUUAGUGUUACAUAUAAUUUAAUUUAGGGGUCGAUACAUGAUUCUAGACCUGUAUCGUUUUUUUUUGAAAACCAUUAAUUUCGGAGAAAAAUUUAUAUUAUGAAAAAAGUAUUAAUAUUCAUUGAGUUUUCUAUCAAUAUAUCGGUUAAUUUCAAUGUUAACUCAUGUUUUUCUAUUUUGGAUAUCUGGUAUUGGUUUUAUAUCAGAAUACCGGAUAUCGAUAAAAAGUGGUAUUGGCCUAUCCUUACAAUUUAUGAUAAAAUGAAUCAGUAGAUGCCCACUACAUGGUACAUUUUGUUAAUAUUAUUACAAAAUAUGUGUAUUCGUAAGCGUACACUAAUCUCAUAAAUUGUUAAUAUUAAAAAUGACGGCAUUUGAUAGAUAUCACAAGUCAAAUAAUAAACGUUAGUUUAAAAAUUUAUCAUUGUCAAUGUCUGCUAAAAAUGAUACACAAAUUUUGUAUAACACAACAACACAUUAUGUAAACGAAUUUUCAUUUAUGAUUUUAUAUAUGUUUAUACGUUGUCUAUAACACAAAUCAUACAUACAUAACAAUAAUGCGUACCUAUUCGAUUGGUUUGAUAAGUAUAUUGUCCGUAUACAGUGAAUUACAUAAAAAGAUUGUUGACCUAGGAAGUGCUUGGGUCGUUGUGUGAACUUAACCGCAUUGUGAUUUUAAGGGGGGAGAUAGUUUGAACGUACGUCCAUACAAGUAUUAUGCGUCUAUUGCGGAGUUUCAAGGUUUUUUUUUUUUAAUUUCAAUUUUUUCACACGGCUUAUAUAUUACGUUCGGUGUCCCCGGUAUAAUUUGUUUAUAGAUCGAUUUUAUUGAUUUUAUGACACGUAAAUAAUUUUCGGUAAAAAUUAUCGCUCUUAAAUUCUUUAUUUCGAGCAUAUACCUGAUAAUGAGAUUAUGACACUACCAUUUUUAAUAUAUAUUAUGUAUUAGUCGAUAUUGAAGUAAUAAAGAUAUAUAUUAUGGUUAAUUAUUCAUAUAAAAUACCAAUUAUUGCAUUAAAAAAAAAAAAAAAUAUGUCAUACUAAUUGUACAAAGUGAUCUAUUUAUAAGUGGCUACAUUCGAUAUUUAGAAGUUUUAAAUUUUUCAAAGAAAAAAAAUAUUACAUUCAUUUUAUUUUUUAUUGUUUUAUAUAGAUGGAGUAUUAGUUAAAAUUAAUUUUAGUGUUAAAAUUCCGUCGAUCCGUUUACGAGAUAUUCCACUUUUAAAUUUGGGUUGGAGGAGAGUAGUGGUGUAACAUUUAUGAGGCGGUACGACGCCCGACGUGUUAAUAAUGCACCACUUCUCUUUUCCAAACUAAAAUCCAAUUUGAACAGAUAACUCAUAUUUGCUUUUUCUAGACGUGGUAAAAUUUUCAAAUGCCCUACUUUGUGAUCAAAAAAAAAAAAAAAUGAAUAAUGUUGUAAUUUUUUUCAUAAAAAUUCUAGUAUCAAUUUUUGACGAAAAUCAUAAAUAUUUGAUAAUAAUUGAUUUUUCACGAUUCGAUAAGUUAACCAUGGUCAUCAAUUGCGACAUUUCGGUAGUGAAUUUCCAAAUUAAAUAGGUAUCUGUAAACGAUUAGGCUAUUGUUAUUUAGGCUUUAUUAUUCGGAACGUUUUAAUCAUAAUUAAAAAGAGUACAACUUGUGUAUAUUAAAACCGAUCAGUAUUUUUUAAAAAAUUUUUUUACACAAAAAUGAUUACAUAUAUUAUAUAAUAUUUUACGAAGAUAUAAUUAUAAAAAUACAAUUGAAUAAUGAUUAUCAAUUGUUAUGAUUACAGUAAUUUUAUCUGUUUCCAAUUUUUUUUUUUUUAAAUUUCUUAUUAUUAUCCCGCAGUCGUUUAAAAAUGUGUCGUCCAUAAUUUAAAGUGGAGGUGUUCUACAAUCUGAAUAUUUUUGGCUAGAACCUCUAUAAUUCGAAUUUAUGUUAUACCUCAUAUUCGUAUUUAGUGAAAAUAAUACAUAUCAUUUUUUUUUCUGUUUUAGCUAUAGGCUUUUUAGACCAAACUGACAAACAUAUUUCUCUCCAUAUUUGUUCUAUCUCUUGUGAAAGCUUAUUAAUCUGUAUCUGGUUCCAUCAUCUUCCUAGCUCAGCCUGGAGCAUCCUAAUAAUGGUCUUUUUCCUGUUAGGCUAUUGUGUAGUACCAGAUGGAUAAAAUACUCUUAUUUGCACCAGGCAUGCCCAGCCCACUUAAAUAUAAUUUUAAAAUUGAAAAAUAAUGACUGCAAUGGUACAAUAAUAGUCUAUUAGUAGGUAAUUAUUAAUUAACAGUUGUAUUAAUUGAAUUGUGUCUUGCAAAGUAAAUUAAAUUAUAAAUAUGUAAUCAAAUUGUUCAACUCUUUAAUUCGAAUUAUUACUCCUUUUUUUCAUUGAUAAUUGAAACUCUUUCUAAUUCGAAACAUCUAUAAAUUGAAUUUACAGCUCGAUUCGAGAGUCUGCUUUAGUUAUUUCUAUAGUCUGAGAAUUAUUCGAUUAAAUUGUUUGUUGUGGGGAGGGGAACGGUUUUUUCCCUUACCUAAUUUAUUUGUGUAACAAAAUUAAUCAGUAGGUACGUUCAGUUUUAACGACAAAUGUGAAACUCUAAUGUUUAGCAUGGCACGAACGAUAGUAAUCAUUUACGUAGAUUAACCUCUAAACAUAUAAUAAUAAUAGAAUAUUAAUGAAAUUUUAUGUGCUUUUAUUGUUUUGUAGAUGUAUAGACCGGUGGUUUGAGGUGAACAGAUCAUGCCCUGAACAUCCUGGAGAUUAAGCCGUGUAUUGUACCAGUGUUGAACAAAACUAAUAAUGGGAAAUAUUUUAUUGAUGUAAUCAAAUCCUAUAUUUCACCGUUAUAUUAUAUUAUAUAUUAUUAUAUGUGUAUAAUUAUAUAUAUAUAUAUAUAUAUAUAUACAUUUUUUUUAUUAUUAUUAUUAUUUUUUUUUUUUAAAUGACUACUGUGAAAAGUUUGACAUCAAUCCCAACAAACUACGCUAUAAUACCAAUAUUAAUAAUACAUUAAAAAAAAAAAAAAUGUCAAAAUUAGAUCUUUACCGCUUUUGAUAUUUUGCAAUCUGGUUGUGAUUUGGCUGAUAAUUUGAAUAGUAUGUUUAUUGUCGGUUUUUGCUCGAUUUUAUAUUUUUAUUUACUAAUAUUACAUAUGACAUGAAAAUAUAAAAAACAGUCAACAAUAUUUUAUUUAGAAUUAAAAUAUAUUCUUUUUUCAUUUUUGUUAUUAAAUUGUAAACUAUCAUUCAAAAUUUAUAAAUAAUUAUAACAAUAUAAAAUUGAGCAAUAUUCUGUUGAAUUUAAAAAGUAAACUGACUUUAUUAAGUAAUUAAUUAGUAAUUAUAGUUGACGUUACAUAAAAUAAACAACUGUACAUAUCAUUUUUUUUCUUUAUUGGUAAAUUAACAUUAGUGUUGAAGUAAAAAUACUAUGAAUGUUUUCCUACCUUCUAUCUUAACUUUUUUUUUAUAUAUAUAUAUAUAUAGAAUUUUCAGUUAAAAUUAAUGUUUUGUACAUGCAACUAAUAAUAAUAAAUAUAAAAAAGUGUUGUAUAUUUUAUAAACCUUCUGAACGCAUCAGCGGCUAUAUUAUAGGUAUGCUAUUCCAGAAUAUUUUAAGAUUAUGUUUUAUAUUACUUCUGAUUUCGUAUGUUUGAUAAAAUAUCUAUCAUUAUUAUUAUUUUAAUUUUACCCAAUUUAUAAUAACAAUAUUGAAAUAGACUUAAGUGUUUUGUCGUUAUUUUUAAUCCUCAUACGGUGCAUUGUAACUUUGUUUUUGUUUUGUGUGUUUUUUUUUUUUAAAUUUUAUAACCGUUUAUGGGUAGUUAAUGUAAUGUAGUUUGGGAUUCUCUUUGUAUUACAUAUUCCAAUUUAUAUUAAAUGUAAAAUCAUUUUCAAACCGAAAAUGUAAUAUCAAUCCUAGUUUCAACCAAUUAAAUAAUUAUAUUCAAGUGUUUAAAAAUAAAUAAAUAAAAACUCGGAAACGCAACAAGAAGACUUAAUUUAUUGAUGUGUCACAUUAGCCCCUAAUACAUAUUUCCAUUUCGAUUAAGUGUACUAUAAUAUUAAACAGUGUACACAUUCGGGUACAAUAUCUUGUAAUCGUAUAGUGUUCCGUAAACUGCUAUUGUGCUAUUAUAUAAUAAUAUAAUUAAGUAUUAAAUAGGUACCUACAAUGAGCCUGCUUUAACUCUAUGCAUUUUUAAAGUUAUACGUUUUUUUCUUGAAAAUUAAAUAAUAGGAAAAAAAAAUUAAUAUUAACUGUUAUGUUGAACAAAGAAAUUAAAAAAAAAACAAAAAUGUAUUAUUCUUACCGAAAACCACUGUUUUAUGUGUGUGUGUGUCAUGUGAUUGUUAUAUACACGUGUACAUUUUUGAGAGUAAAGAGUUGUAACUAUUACAAUAUUGUUUUAACCGAUAAAAUUUAGUUCAAUAAAAUUAUUAUAUGUUUAUAAUUUUUAAUGUGUAAUAAUAUAAUUUUGUAUUAUGUAUACUGACGAAGAAAAUACAUGUUUCUGAUUUCUUUAUAUCGGCAGUAACAUAAUAUUAUUUUUAAACUACAUGUAAAAACUCAUUUAAAUUUAUUUUAUUUUGAUAUAAUAUCUAAACAUUUAUAUAAAAUUAUUGAAAAGACCAUACAUAAAUACAAAAUUGUGU